CUCUUCUAGCUUACGACACAAACUAUGAGUGAGAAAAGGACAAAUGAUUCGCUCUUUGCUUCAUUUUUUCCGAGGUUGUCCAAACAUGAAAUGUCAUUUGGACCUAUUGGACUCAUUUUAACUCGGCUAAAUAAAUAUAACAUAACAUAAGAAGAUUUUACUUAUAUUUACCGAACUAUUUGUACGGUCGCGUGAACUUUGUUUACGAGUGUCUUGUGUUCAGAUUGUUUUAAGUGGUAAUUUAACAAUAUUUUUCCAAAUAAAUGGAAAGAAACUUUUAUUUAUAUCAAAUAAUUGAGUGUCUUGACUCAGUGACAUUAUGUCUUGUGUGGUAUGGGGCUGCAGCUCACAUCCAGGAAGAAAAGAAAAUAGCCAACAACUUCUGUCGUUUCAUCGAUUUCCUGUAGACGAUAACAAAAAGAAAGAAUGGAUAAUUCGCAUUAAUAGACGAAAUUGGAUUCCAAAUAAGUACAGCCGUAUUUGCUCCAAACAUUUUACUGCGGAUUCAUUUAUGUGUGUUCCUAAUUCGAAGUGGAGACGUCUUCGAGACGAUGCUAUUCCUACAUUGAACAUUAAGGAUCAGACAGAUGAAAUGAAUCCUGUAACUAAGGAACCUUUUGAAAAGCAAUCACAACGAUACUAGCUGCAGCUCCAAACUAAUAUAAACCAGACAAUAUAAUCCAAAAAUGGUUAGAUACUUACCUAUCAGAGACAGAGUCUCCUUUCAUCAAGAAGAAGAUAAUUGCAUCCUACAAAAAGAAAUCUUGAAAAAAAAAUUAUCGACAUUAAUUGUAAGUAAAUUUAAUUUUAUCGACAUAUUACUAAAGUGAAACCCAACACUAGGCAAUGAAAAACCUGUGACAACCUACGAAAUUACGAAACAAUUUUUGUAUAUGCGUCUUUGUCUAACAUUACGCCAGUUCCGUAAGAUAAAGUAGAGCAGAAUUAUAGAGUUCUGUUGCUAUUUUAGCCUUCCUUCUAUGCUUUAGUUAUUGUUCUGAGGGUUUUCCCCGAAGGGUAAGGCAAAGGGAACUAUGCCCAUACAGCCAUGUCUGACGUAUUUUUUUCUUGAUGAUUAAUGAAAUGAUGAAAGGUGAUGAUGAUGAAACCUAAGCCCCCACCCUCGGAGUAGACUCCUACUCCGAACCCCAAACGAAUUAACUCAAAAGUCCGCAUAAACUUUUGAGUUAUGAAGCGGCUUCCCGGCACGAAGCGAAAAUAGGCAGAUACACUUUGUUUAUUGAAUACUCCAAUAUAAUAACACUCGCGA